AUGUUCACAUUAUUCGUUGUUUUAUCUAUAUCAACAGCCAAUAUAUACGUUUCUACUAGUAAAUCAGUUGUUGUAGACUUAGCAGACCCAAAGGAUCUUAACCUAUUUAUUGUAUCUUCAAAUGCAAUCGUAGCAGUUAGUACAACCAAUGGUUUUGACAUCACUGCAUAUGAUAAAGAUAACACACAAAUCGGCAAAUUAUCUUCAAGCUCUCCAAUUAUCCAAUUAGGCCCAAUAAGUGGCAAACUUUAUGUUAAAAUGACAGGUUCUCAGACUAAAUUUGCUUGCUCUGUUAUUAUUGUUAGCAACCUUCCUAUUGGUAAGCAAUGCGAAAGCGUUUAUGCUUCAAAUAAUGCUCAACAGGAUUUCACACUUACAAACUCCAAACUUUCAGCAGAUAAAGUUAAUUGCAUUUGGCUAUCAUCUCCAAGCACAAUGUCUACCCAAGUCUCUGUUAAUGUUCAAGGUACGGUAGAUGCAUUCAUUCCAGGAAAGUAUGAGCCAUACAGUACUGUCUCAAACAGUGGAUCAAUCCAGACAUCAGCACCAAACACUUUAUUGGUUGUAAAGCUUACCAAUGCUAACUCCCCAAGCAUUGCAAUCAAAUCCAGUGGUGAAAACCCAUCAUAUGUUGAGAUUUCAAAGGCAACAUUCACAGCAGAUGGAAAUCCAUCCAUAAUAAGCGGUGAAACAACACCAACAUCCCAGCCAACCCAACCAACUCAGCCAACUCAGCCAACAAAUCCAACACCACAACCUACUAGCACUGCAUCCCAGCCAACUAACCCAACAUCUCAAUCUACUAAUCCUUCAUCCCAUACAUCUUCUAAAUAUUCACCAACACCAAAUAAGCCAACAACUAGUACAACAUCUGGAGAUAGCCAGGGUGGAAAUACUCCAUCAGGAAGUGGUGGUAAGAAGCACACUGGUUUGAUUGUUGCUUUAGUUUUCAUGACAAUUUUGAUGAUUGUUGCUAUUGCUAUUGCUAUAUUCUUGUUCUUAAAGCUCCGAGUUGUUAUAAAUGCUGGAGCAACCCUUAUUUAA